ACGAAGCAAGAACUAAGUAACAACACCAUCAUUUCAUCAAAUACAAUUUAUCUUUUGUAUAAUAGCAUUCGUUUGUAUCUAUAUCAUUGAUGCUCAUUGCAACCCCAUCCUUCUCUCUAUAUAUAUAUUAUACAAAUUAAAUCAACCAAACCCCAUAUCUCAAAAUACAUACUUGAGACAUGGCAACACAUGACAUUGUCGAAUCUCUCUCUUCAUCCAACCAGAAGCUGCAACUGAAAGACUUCGUGUGGUCGGCGAAUGAAUGGCCCGAACUGAAGCACGAUGACUUCUGCGACGAAGAAGACAUCCCUGUGAUAAGCCUUAGCAGCGGGGAAGAUGCCGCAAAAAUGGUGGCGGCUUCUAGGAAAUGGGGAUUCUUCAAGUUGGUGGAUCACGGCGUGCCUGAUGAGGUUAUUGAUGAUAUCACAGUUUGGUUGAACAGAUUUUACGAUCUUCCGAUGGAGCAGAAGCUCAAGGGAGCCCGGACUGGAAGCUUGCCUUUGGGCUAUUCGGCAUCCAACGUCGAUUAUGGGGGAAAUUUACCGUGGGCGGAGAUCUUGCAGUUGCUUCAGUCGCCGCAGCAGGUGGUGGAGUUUGCGACUAGGGUGUACGGAGACCACUCGCACCAUCAUUUUAGGUAUGUUUGA